CUAAAUACUGUCCAUCUCUGGAAACAUUGCAGGUCUCAGUCAUGAGCACGGUCAUUGAGAACUUGAAGAUGAGCCGUCAGAUGGUCACAUUGACUGCUGACCCUGUAUACUCGCCACAGGAAGUGUUGGAGCUUAGCUAGCUCCAGUUCAGUCUUUUCAGGUUCUCGGAUUCAGAUCCAUUUGAGUCAAUACCAUGAUGUACAGAGGCUUCGACUGCAAACAGACCACUGUGGAAAGGGGGACUUCCUCCAGGCUGUUUCUGGUCAUCAUUCAAACAACUGUCCCUGUCCAGUUGAAAUGUCCAGAGUUUACUGCUGGUAUUGUCAAGAACAUGGAUUGAUGAGUCGGGAUGUUAGAAUACACCACUGUCUCUUUUCAACAGAGCUAAAAGGCCCAGAAAAAUAAUCCUACUGACUUUCAAACCCCUCUCUGGAGUGGGGGCUUUAAUUGCACACAAUCACUUGUUUUCUUGCCCCUCCGGUAAGCUCAGAGUUCUUCCCAUAUUCAGAUGGAAUUGUAUGGGCGCUCCCAGCUAGUUGUCCCAUUAACCCAUGAAAUAACUCUUCUGGUCAAGUGACUGCAAAAUAAACUUUCCACGGCAAGGCAACAGUAGCUCACCAGUUGUAGGUGCCUCUGGUCAUUGUUGUGUUGUUGCGGGAGGAGGAAAAUAAAUACUCUGUAGCUGGCUGGUCAUGGAUACAAAUAGGCCUGGGUCGUGAGCCGUGUCUGACUUCAGACUGUUCAUUCACACAUGAUGAGUCAUCAGCCUAAUGUGACCUUUACUGGAACGUUGGCUCGGGUCUGGGGGAGCAGGUCGGCGCUGACAGUUGGGAGGCUCGCUCCAUUGUUUGGUAGAUCUUUUAGCUGCCGGCUCUAAUGCUCUACUUUGCAGAAUACAUGCUCUGAUCAAACGAUCACGAUGCAGCUGUGUCUUCUUGAGGGGUGAAGUAUGCCGCGUCAAACUGACGCAGGGGUUUCGUGAGGAUGAGGAGGGACUCCAUGAAAGAUGACAGAGGAGGUGAUCGUUGUAGCCAAGUGGGACUACUCGGCUCAGCAGGACCAGGAACUUGACAUCCGGAAGAACGAGCGCCUCUGGCUCCUCGAUGACAGUAAGACUUGGUGGAGGGUGAGGAACGCCUCCAACCGGACGGGCUACGUCCCCUCCAACUAUGUGGAGAGGAAAAACAGCCUGAAGAAGACUUCGCUGGUGAAGAACCUCAAGGACACGCUGGGCCUGGGGAAGACCAAGAGGAAGACGAGUGCCCGCGAUGCCUCGCCCACGCCCAGCACCGAUGCGGAGUUCCCCUCCAAUGGCAGCAGCGGCAGCGGCGGUGGGGGUGGAGCCGAGCGUAUUUACGACCUCAGCGUCCCGGCGCUGGUGAAGUUUGCCUACACGGCGGAGCGGGACGACGAGUUGACGCUGGUGAAGGGGUCAAGGGUCACUGUGAUGGAGAAGUGCAGCGACGGCUGGUGGCGGGGGAGUUCGGGGGGACAGGUGGGCUGGUUCCCGUCUAACUACGUCCUGGAGGCGGGGGAGGAAGAGGCUGCCUCGGGGGACCCCCGCGAAGGAGGCGACCCGGGGCAAAGGGCCGUGACCAACGGGACCUCCAGGGUCCUCCACACCGUCCAGACCCUGUACCCCUUCAGCUCUGUCACCGACGAGGAGCUGAACUUUGAAAAAGGCGAGGUGAUGGAGGUCCUGGAGAAACCGGAGAACGACCCGGAGUGGUGGCGCUGUCAGAACACCCGCGGGCUGGUGGGCCUGGUGCCAAAAAACUACGUGGUCGUCCUUAGCGAUGGUCCAGCCCCGGGGGUGGGGAAGGUCCUGGGUCCCCACUCGCCCCUGGUCAGUUACACGGGGCCUGCCCGCACGGGGAGGUUUGCCGGGAAGGACUGGUACUAUGGAGGAGUGACCAGGAUUCAGGCGGAGUGCGCGCUGAAUGAGAGAGGGGUGGAGGGAGACUUCCUGAUCCGAGACAGUGAGUCAUCUCCCAGUGAUUUUUCGGUGUCCCUGAAAGCUGCGGGAAAGAACAAGCACUUCAAGGUUCAGCUGGUUGAGGGUGUCUACUGCAUCGGCCAGAGACGUUUCAGCACCAUUGACGAACUGGUAGAACAUUACAAGAAAGCCCCCAUCUUCACCAGCGAACAUGGAGACAAACUCUAUCUGGUCAAACCGCUACUGUGACCGCGCAAACACACACACACACAAACACACACACGCGCGCGCCCACACGCACACACUGCGACCCAAGCGCUCGCCCUGGCCUAACGGCAAAUCUCCUUUCCGGAAUUGAAAUCUUGAACUGUGCUCUUAUGCCCCAUCAGUUACAGUCAUAAACAGACAACAGCGAAUACAUAAUGGAAUAAAAGGGCCACCGGGACUCAUUUUCCUUUCUGAAGACGGACAUUUAAUCCUGUCCAGGAGUGUCCUGAGAACACUACGUGACCGUAGGCGACCACUUUUUGCCUGACAACUACACCUCCCAGAAAGCCCCCGCCGUGCCUCUGGGAUUUUAAAGCAAACACAGAAAUGUAUUUCCUGUCCAGAUUUCCUUUACAACAGUUACGUGCCGUAGGGAAGAUAACACCGUCACGUGUUGCCGGUGACAUCGCCGACCGGCAAGAUCGAAACUGCUCUCCCCGUUGUCCUGGUUGAACGACACGAACCUUACAGAGCGCGUCGUAGCGUUUCCAUGAAGCCUGUGGUUUUUGCCAUAAAACAAAGACACCCGAAACGGUACUGUGUUCACCAGAUGGGAACACUGUUCCCUCGGCAGGUGUUUCGUGGAAUGGCCACUGUCCGUAUGUUGUUUAUUGAAUGUCCGGAUGUGCCCGGGCCAACCGUGUGCGCCACUCCAACAUACCGUUCGUGUGUACGCCCGGUGCUCCUCGAUUCCAUGGCUCUUCUUCACGUCGGUGGAAUCUCUGAUGACUGAUGAGGGAGUCUCGAGGGAAGCUUCGUUUAUUGAUUGCCCGCCAACGAAAGUCUGUUCAGCAUUAGAUUUUCCCCGCUUUUUAAAAAGAAAAUGGAAAAAAAUACCCCAGUGUCUUAAUGUUACUGAGCACUGUUAUUUAAAUAUUGUUGUCAUCUGUAUGUCUAUUUAAAAAGAAAAAAAAAAGCUGCGUGGUAAUGUUGAGAUACUCCAAUGCAGUGUGGUGACUGAGGACUGAAAGUUCAAUUAAAAGUUUUUCCAAAUUAAGAUGAUGUACAGACUUCCAGGUUGCAAGUAUUUCUGCAGUUUCGCCAUUUAUUUCCUUUUGAUAUCACCUUUAGAGAUUUCACCUGAGAAAAUAAAGAAUUGUGUUCACUCUUCUUUAAUUACAGUGGUAUUUGCAUUUUUCACCAAUAGGUGGCACUGUUGCUUCGCUAACAUUUCAUAAUGUCAGGACUCAAAGGCCCAUCACAACAUAGAAGCUUAGCUAAACACUGAAGUGCCAGACCUUGUAACACUGACGUCUUGUCAGAACAGUGGAAAUGCCUCUCCUGAUUCGUCAUGCAGCAUGAUAUCUUUGAGGGAAAAGGAAGCAAGCCCACCGCUAUCUCACCAAAGAAAGUGUUUCACAGCCAACCAGAGCUAUUUGGGCAUUUGAUUAAUCAAAUCCUUGGAGACAAAGUUGCCUUUUUUCUGGAGUUCAAUCAAUGUGUUGGGUAUAUGGCCAGCCAGAUGUGUUGGGUAUAUGGCCAGCCAGAUGCGUUGGCUAUGUGACCAGCCAGAUGCGUUGGGUAUAUGGCCAGCCAGGUGCGUUGGCUAUGUGGCCAGCCAGGUGCGUUGGCUAUGUGGCCAGCCAGGUGCGUUGGCUAUGUGGCCAGCCAGGUGCUUUGGCUAUGUGGCCAGCCAGGUGCGUUGGCUAUGUGGCCAGCCAGGUGCGUUGGCUAUGUGGCCAGCCAGGUGCGUUGGCUAUGUGGCCAGCCAGGUGCGUUGGCUAUGUGGCCAGCCAGGUGCGUUGGCUAUGUGGCCAGCCAGGUGCGUUGGCUAUGUGGCCAGCCAGGUGCGUUGGCUAUGUGGCCAGCCAGGUGCGUUGGCUAUGUGGCCAGCCAGGUGCGUUGGCUAUGUGGCCAGCCAGGUGCGUUGGCUAUGUGGCCAGCCAGGUGCGUUGGCUAUGUGGCCAGCCAGGUGCGUUGGCUAUGUGGCCAGCCAGGUGCGUUGGCUAUGUGGCCAGCCAGGUGCGUUGGCUAUGUGGCCAGCCAGGUGCGUUGAGAUGUACAGUAACUCCUAUAUAUUGUUUUUAAAUUUAAAAAAACUAUCCUGAGCAACAUGAGAAGUUAAGGUGAACUGUCUUACUCAAGGACAGAACCAUGUGUUUUUCACCUUUCGAGCUAGUGUAUUUGCAAGUUACUGGUCAGAUCACUAGGCUGUUGACUGCCCACAGAUGGCCUGUCCAAGUCUCCAUGUGUACAUGUGGACUGUGUUUGAGGCGUCCGUUGUGGAAGGCUUUGGUUCAGACAGUGGGGUAUUACAGUGAGGAACAUGGAGCGAAACACAGCCUUCGCUUCUUGUCUUGGGACGGGCCCGGAUAUAUUUGUAUUCGGUACAGGGCUACUGUAGGUGAGAGCUAUUUGGGUUGCAAAGGCAAUGCUAUGACGUGCUCCCCCAGAUCCAGAGGAGAGAGCCUUGACCCAGUGUAUACACUACAUAAGAUUACUGAUGAUGGUGUAUUAUUAAAUCAAAUGGAGAAAUACAUGAUAUUUACGCUUCGUGGUUGCAAUGCUAUGGGAACAUUAGCCCUGAUAUGUCCUAUAGGGGCAUUUAGUGUGCAUCUGACCUAGCUGCUGAGGGGUGAUAUUCCCUGCUCUCCUCACCUCCACAAAGGAAACCUUUCAGUCCAUCCACAUUAUCUGCUUGGCGUGUGAGAACUGGAGACUGGGUAGGAAUGAGAGGGUGGUUGAUUCUGAGGUACGAUAUGGUAUGUGGGACUGAGGUGUCAGGGACCAACACAUCCUGAACAGCUGUGUAGGUCGUAUAUUUCCUCCCCUCAAGGCACGGGGAAUUACAGGACACCCACACACACCUGAAGGAUCAAGUCCAGGACUCCGCACCAGGUACCAGUGUUUGAAGACUGACUAUUUUGCUUUUUGGUGUGGAACCAUGCCUCGCUGUCUCUGUGUCUCCCUGCUGCUGUGGGCUGUUCUGCUGGGGCAGCUCUCCCUAACAGGGGCUGAGGAACCUGGAGAACCAGGGAAAGCAGCAGGCGUCGGGCGGGAGAAGCGAAGCAUGCCCAACUGGGCCCUGACCUCCUCCGACUUCUUCGGCUGGGUUGAGGCUCUGCGCGAGCAGGCCGGCUACGAAAAGAUCGAAGACCUGGCCAGGACCUUCUGGGCUCACUUCCCCUCCGCCAGCCGUCUGGGCUACGAACUCUCCGACCCUGGCGAGGAGUGACCGAACGAAAACAGGACCACAGCGAGAACAUAUGAGAGCGAAUCCCAGUUGAAGUUCUGUGUAGACUUUGAUUUGUAAACGAGUGAAGGUAUUUGGGCCUAGAUCUCAAGCCAUACUUUCAAACCACUCUCCCAUGGAGGUGUUGAUCUCGGAUGUGCGUGACCAUUCAAUGUUAUCAUUAGCAUUACAAUCUGAAAGGGUCAACCCAGACACUUCAUGAUUACUGGGCCUUAAGAAGAAUCUCACUACAGACCUAAUUGCAUCCAUGUUAAAUGUACAGGACGUCUGUAGUCAGUCCCAAGAGGAACUUUGAGGAGAACACUCACUUAACGGGAGGAACAUGCAUCCAUUGAGUGAGUGUGUUCCUCCCAUUUCUGUCAAGGGUGUGAGCAAGGUCAAAGGUUGCUCACACACUUGACAGUAACUUUUGUUUGGCCCUUGCACAAUUUAUCUGUAUGCGUUCUGUGUGAAACUGACUUGCUCCUUUCCAAUUAAAAGUUUAACUCUGCCAGAGGCACUGAAGCUGUU